AUGCCCCGAUGGGGAAGACCACCAGGGGCACAAUUGGGGAGACAAGCCAGGAGACGAGGGGGCCCGUGGGUAGAUAGUGACCCGCGGGUUGAGGAGAUUGAAAGUGACGCGGGGGAUCAAUUUGGUUCGAGGGAUGAUCGCACCUUAUAUGCAAGGCAAUUAGCUAGCCUACACAUGGACGGAGGGAAUGGGUGGCGGCGAUUUGUGGCGGAACAAGAUGGACAUGCUAAUGCGCUGGCGCCGGUGAAUGGCGUGGAUGGCAUGGAUUACGACAUGUACGAAGACACGGACAAUACAGUGGCCUACGCGAUUCAGUUGGCCAUGAAGGACAAGGAAGAGUGGCUGGUCGAUAAGGCCUUGGAACGAAUUCGACGCGCGCAGUUUGAUGGGCAGAAGAACGUACGGUUAUCAAAACGGGAGCUAGAGGCGCUGGAGCGCAAGCGAUUACAGUCGAAUGGCAUGAGGGAAACGGAACGCAAGAACGUAUCCCCUCGACAUUCAAAGACGAUGGGAAAUGCCAAUGGAAUGACAGGGACAACGAGUGUUCGACGGACAGUGGCUAGCAUGUCACCUAAUGCGCCCGCUCCGCCAUAUCCCCUGUCGGACACUGGCAGCGCUUACGGUACCUGGGCGAGAGCAACAGGCUCGUCCAUUGGAAAUCAAAACUCCAAAAGCUCGCAGUCACCAACAACCACAAUGCUUCGCGCUCCUUUACAACCUCCUUUUACGCCAGAGCGUCACCACGCAGGGGCAUUAAACCGACCACCUCCCUUUUUUGUUCCGCCUGGAUAUUCGCGUCCGUACCCAGAGGAUUAUCAGCAGAUGCCUUCGUACCAAGCGCCAUUGUCGCACGAGCAGGUCUCUCAUCCCACGAAUAGUCCCAUAGAUCCAACACGCGGAUCUCCCGUUCGGCCAGGACAAUCGCCGUACGUCUCAAACUUUCCGUCAGUCUUCGAUGAGCGCCAGCCGCCUAGCCUGCAGGCAUCCCGGGCUCCUUCUAUACGGGACCGUGGGUCUGCAACGCCAGAACCUCCUCCCAGUAGGGGGGAGGGGAGCAAAAAGGGCAGUCCUACCAAUAGUGGCGAUGUGGUCCAUGUUGUAGAAGUAGCUGAGCAUAAAGUGCCGAGCACGCCAACCCGGGCGGCAACCAGUCGAGGAAGCCGCCAACGCAGCAGUCGAUGA